AGGAAGUCGCGGAAGGCAGCGGAGCGCCUUAUUGAUACCAUGACCACCGAUCACCGGGAGUACGAUCGGUUGGUUAUGCAGAUAGAUGCGCUAGCCCUCCAGCACUUCCCGGCAUCCCAGGUCUUUGCCUUAAAGAAGGUGAGGGAGGAUCGGAUUGCGCGGGAAUUUCCAAAUCUGGAUGCGCACUGGGAUGGGUACGACUAUCUUGUCGCCCUCUCCGCGCGUGUUCAGCAUAUGCGCUCCGUCGACCGGCUUCUUGCUGACCUGCCAGCCGCUGCCAUCCAAGUUUUCAAGGUUUUGUGGCCUGAGGAGGAGCUGCCGGGGAAUAUCACCCUCACCGCCUCGCGGCUUAAUGACGCCGGGCACCGGAUCCGCGAGUGGCAGUGUUCCGCGGCUCGUGCCGGAGCUGACACGGCGCUGCGCUCUGUGUGCUCAUGGUACCCUGCUCUUGACCUGGAUGCUCUCCAAGGUGUUCGCGCGGACGCUCCCACGGACACCGACCCGGCGCUCUCCGCGAAGCGGCAGGACCGGGCAUACCGGCUCGCUGAGUAUGCCGAGGUCCGCACCUUCAUCCCACCCCCUCCUGGCGUCAAGGACUACCUCAGCGAUGAGGAAGAAGAAGACGAGGGAGAUGAAGGUGAAGCUGCCGAGGACGCGCCGCCGGAAGCUCCCGAGCCGGCGCUACUCCUCCUGAAGAUGCCGAGGCCGGUGCUGCUCCACCCGACGCCCCUGCUGCUCGAUGACCUUCUACGAUAUCUUUGCUCGCUAUGCCUAGCGAAUGGUCGUUAG